AAGACCAGCAACCGCGGGGACUCUUCUCCCCGUCCUCUCCAAAGAAUCUCCCCCUACCCAACCAAACUCGACAAGCAAGGGGGUGAGAGAGAGGGAGGCGGCGGCCGGCGGGCAGCUGCAGGCCUGCAGCGCGCGCGCGGAGGCAGCUAGCUCCAUCCGCCGGCGACCGGCGCCCCUGAUCGAGCCGUGGGCGCGGUAAAAGGCGCGCCUUUUUCUGCCUCGCGCGGUCGCGCGGAGCCGAUGGGGUUCGAGGGGGCGGCCGGCGCGAUGGGCGGAGGGGUACGGGCGCUGAUGCGCCGGAAGCAGGUCGAUUCCGAGCGGGCGCGCCCCGCCGGCAGCAGCAACGAGCUCCGCAAGGAGCUCUCCGUCGCCCAGCUCAUCGCCAUCGGUGUUGGUUCAACGAUUGGAGCUGGGGUGUAUGUUCUUGUUGGGACGGUUGCUCGGGAGCAUUCUGGGCCAGCAUUGACUCUUUCAUUUCUGAUAGCUGGAAUAGCCGCUGCACUAUCAGCGUUCUGUUAUGCAGAGCUUGCAAGCCGCUGCCCAUCUGCAGGAAGUGCCUACCAUUAUUCAUACAUCUGCGUUGGUGAAGGAGUUGCAUGGUUGAUUGGUUGGGCUCUGAUACUUGAAUAUACAAUUGGUGGGUCAGCUGUCGCCCGUGGCAUAUCUCCCAAUUUAGCCCUAUUUUUCGGAGGAGCUGAUAGUCUGCCAUGGAUCUUAGCUCGACAUGAGAUCCCAUGGCUUGAUGUUGUUGUUGAUCCUUGUGCUGCUUUCCUUGUUUUCCUUGUCACUGGUCUGCUAUGUGUGGGGAUCAAAGAGAGUUCAUUUGUGCAAGGAGUUGUGACAGUCCUGAAUUGCUUUGUGAUGCUAUUUGUUAUUAUUGCUGGUAGUUACAUCGGCUUUCAAACAGGAUGGGUUGGCUACAAGGUUGCUGGCGGAUUUUUCCCUUUUGGAGCGAAUGGAAUGCUUGCUGGAUCAGCAACUGUCUUCUUCGCCUACAUAGGCUUCGAUUCAGUUGCCAGCACUGCUGAGGAGGUGAAAAAUCCGCAACGAGAUCUGCCAUUGGGAAUCGCAACGGCAUUGUCGAUAUGCUGUUCCUUGUACAUGUUGGUUUCAGUUGUUAUUGUUGGUCUUGUACCAUACUUUGCUAUGGAUCCAGAUACUCCUAUUUCAUCUGCCUUUGCAAGGCAUGGCGUACACUGGGCAAUGUAUCUGGUAACUACUGGUGCUGUUCUUGCUCUUUGUUCAACCUUGAUGGGAUCUAUAUUGCCACAGCCAAGAAUAUUGAUGGCCAUGGCACGAGAUGGCCUGUUACCAUCAUUCUUCUCUGAUGUCCACAAGACGACACAAGUUCCAGUCAAAAGCACAAUCGUCACUGGCAUCUGUGCAGCUUCUCUCGCUUUCUUCAUGGAUGUCUCUCAACUGGCUGGCAUGGUCAGUGUUGGCACGCUCCUAGCAUUCACUAUAGUUGCUGUGUCCAUCUUGAUUCUCAGGUAUGUUCCUCCAGAUGAGGUACCCCUGCCAUCUUCCCUGCAAGCAUCAUUCCGUCUGAGCCAUGAAAACGAUGAGGAAAAGCUGAGGGAUACUCUUGGAGAUGAGGAUCAUGAAGAAGGGGCAUCUGAGAUUAGUGAUAUUGUAGUAGAAUCAAUUAAGGACCCCCUUAUUGAGAAGCAGCUAUAUGCAAGCAAGUUGGAUGAGACAAAGCGGCGCAAGACUGCUGCUUGCAGCAUUGCAUCUGUCUGCAUAGGGGUUCUGGUCCUCACAACUUCAGCCUCUGCGACAUUCUUGCCCUUCCUGGUGCGAUGCUUUGUUUGCGCUUUUGGUGGCCUGCUCCUCCUAACUGGUCUGGGCGUACUCUGCUGGAUUGACCAAGACGACGGGAGGCAUUCCUUUGGCCAUUCUGGAGGAUUCAUCUGCCCAUUCGUUCCAUUGCUGCCAGUGAUGUGUAUCCUGAUAAACACAUACUUAUUGAUAAAUCUGGGUGGUGGCACAUGGAUGCGAGUGGGGGUGUGGCUGGUGAUGGGGGUGUUUGUGUACAUUUUCUAUGGGCGCACCCACAGCUCAUUGACGGAUGUCGUGUACGUCCCUGUUGCUGAGGCGAAUGAGAUAUAUGGGUCAUCAUCUGCAUCAGGGUUUGUGGCCUAAGGGGAGGUGGAAGGAGACAUUGUGGAAGCCUAUCUUUAGCUAUUACAUGCUCCAGGGUACUUUCUUCCAGAACCUUGAAGAAUCAGACUGGAGCAGAUCCCAGCUUGAGCACUAUGCAUUGCAGGCGGGUUUGAAGAAUUCAAUUUGUAUGUCAAUUCUUUAAAUGUGCAUGUAUAAAUUGUAAUUCACGGCUAUGCUUGUGUGCCUCUGUUCGAGGAAUGUAAAUAUUACAUAGAUUUAUAGGUGGGAUUGUUAUGAAGGUUUUUGUAAAAUGAGGGUUCCUCUAGGAAUUUGUACGGUUAGUAAAAUUAUGUUCUAAAUUCAAAGGUGGAGUUAUGAUCUCCAACCCAAAUAGGGCUGAGUGUAAGCUUUAUAAUGUGCUGAAAGCCCUGAACACGUUUUAUACCAUAAUGGACAAUACCAAGUGGUCUUUUCGGAGGCAA